UAUACUAGUUUCAAUAAUCACUUAGUACAUCUCAUAUCAUUAAAAUGGAGAAAAGAAGUGGAGAUCGAUUUAAUUUAAAAUUACCAAAUUGGGGAUCAUGAAGCAGUAGUACAUGUAAGUGAUGUUGCUGAUUUGUAACACUCUAUUUUCUUAUUGAGUAAUAAAAAGCCCUCUUGUUCAUGGGGCUAAACUCUGAAGUGAGUUAGCAAGACAGUAGAUUUGAUGGAAGAGGAUAAUUGGGCUACUCCUCUUUCUCAGUGUCCGCGUGAUUUGUUAUCCGAUGAUAGGCGGGUGGAGUACUUGAAUUAUGGCGUGCCAUUAUACAAAGCUGCUCUAAAAGGUGAUUGGGAAGCUGCAAAUCAAAUCCAUUUCACGCAUCAACAUUGUUUUGCUACAAAGAUUACAAGACAGGGUGAUACAGCUCUGCAUAUUGCUGCAAUUGCAAAGCGGACUGAUUUUGUGGUAAAGUUAGUGGCUCUAAUGGUGCAAGAUAGAUGUACACACUUGUUAUUCUUGAGAAACAACAAUGGAAAUACAGCACUUUGCCUUGCUGCAGCAUCUGGAACUGUCGAGAUUGCGAAGGUGAUGGUAGAAGCAGAUGAAAGCCUGCUAGAAAUCCCAGGAAACACAUCAGGCUUGACACCACUCCAUAUGGCAGCAUUGCUUGGUCACAGGGAAAUGGUUAAGUAUCUCUUACGACUUACUCAAGAUCGUCUCUCUUAUGAGGAAUGCUGUGCUAUUUUCAUCACCACAAUUAAUUCUGAUUUGUAUGAUAUAGCUCUUGUUAUGCUGAGUGGUAAUGAACAAUUGGUCAUGGCAAGGGAUGAAGCGACACAGGAUGACGAUGGUCAUAUAAAUAUCGGAGAAACACCGCUACAUGUUCUAGCUAAAAAGAGUGUCAAGUCAAGUGCAACUAGCCUUUCCAAUUGCUGCACCAUUUUUAAAAGGGGUAGACGCCGGUCACGGCACAAGGAAGUUCCUCUACAACAUAUAGGUCUGGAACUUGUGGAACGCUUAUGGGAAUUAAUAUUACGUAAAAACCAGGAUGAAAUAGAUAGAUUGAUGGGACAACCUUGGCAAGUAAUCUUUGUUGCAGUAGAAGUGGGCAAUGUGGAGUUUGUGACUACCUUACUUCGUGCUUAUCCCGAUCUAAUAUGGAAACUUAAUGACAAACAUCUAAGCAUAUUUCAUGUGGCUGUUAUACAUCGCCAAGAAAAGAUAUUCAGGCUAAUAUAUGAGAUUGGUGCAAUUAAAGAUUUGUUGGCGGCUUAUCUUGAAACAGACACAAAUAAUAAUAUACUCCACUUGGCUGCGAUGUUACCAUCUUCAGAUAGACUUAAUUGUAUAUCAGGGGCAGCUCUUCAAAUGCAGCGUGAGAUGUUAUGGUUUAAGGAGGUUGAAGAUCUUGUCAUGCCCCAAUUUGCAGAAGUUCAAAAUUCAGCUGGGAAAACACCACUCACUUUAUUUACCGAACAACACAAAGAUUUAAGGGCAGCAGGAGAAGAAUGGAUGAGAAAAACGGCUAGUUCUUGCAGUGUUGUUGCCACUUUGAUUGCAUCUGCAGUAUUUGGAUUUCUAUUAAAAGUGCCGCGAAACAACGCUGAAUCUUUGGUUAACCCUCUUAGUUACAGUGGGUGGUAUUUGGUGUUCGCAAUUUCUGAUUCUCUAUCCUUAAUAACAUCCACUGCCUCAACUCUAAUGUUUUUAUCGAUCUUGAUUUCGACGUAUGCUGAAAAAGAUUUUCUCGAUUCGUUGCCUCGUAAGUUAAUCAUAGGCCUUGUGUUGCUCUUCCUCUCGAUAGUUUUUAUUACUUUCACUACAACGUUUCAUAUCAUUUUUAACCAAGGUUGGCCAUGGUUUGGCAUUAUUGUCUUGGUGUUUAUAACUAUUAUCCUGUUCACCACGCAAGAAUUAUCUCUUAUGUGGGAGGUAUUUAGUUCAACCUUUGGAAGCUCUUCUAUCUUUAAAAGUCCAACGCCUACUCUUUUUUGAUCGAUAGACUAGGGAGUAGGGUCUGAAUUGUAUAUAUACAUAGAGUUUUGUAUUAUGAUUCUUGAAACUUAUCUUUAUCGUUUCCUAUACUUCUUCUGUUACUUAAAUAUUGCACCAUGUUGACUUUA